AUGUCAAGCGACAGGAAAACAAUAAUUGUGAUAGGUGCGGGUGUGCUUGGGUUGACUGCAGCGAUCAGCCUCCAGAAGGAAUAUGCAGACACGAGGGACAUCUUGCUCAUUGCAAGAGACUGGCCGUCUGAUGAAUCCAUUCGAUACACUUCUCCGUGGGCGGGUGCUCAUGGACGACCCAUACCAGCGACAACUCCUAUUGCAAGGCAACACCAAGCGUUUGCAAAUGAGACCCAUGCAAUGAUGAAAGCCCUUUCGCAGCAAGAGCCAGCUUGCGGUGUCGAAUUUAUGGACGGCUACGACUUCAUCGCCUGUCCCUCUGACAACUAUGUCAACCUUACAGGUGGCUAUGGAGAUGCGGAAGGUCUAAUUGUGUUAGACAAGAAUGAAUUCCCCAAUGAUAUGGGCAUCACCUUUGGUUCGAAGUAUCGAACUUGGUCUUUAAACUCGCCUGUGUACUGUACGUUUCUCCUUCGAAAGUUCCGACUCAGAGGCGGAAAGACGUUGAAGGCCACCUUGACGACUGCAGAGGAGGCAUUCUCGCGGGGAGACUAUGUUGAUACUGUUGUCAACUGUUCAGGAUUUGGAUUCGGAGAUCCCGAGGCUUUUCCUGUCAGAGUCUCCAACCCGUGCGAUCGCACAAUCACACAGCAGAAUCCCGAUGGAACAUGGACGUUCAUAAUUCCACGUCCCCUAGACGGUGGCACCGUCAUCGGUGGAACACGGGAGCCCCAUGACUGGACAGAAACGGCACGACCAGAGACACGCGCGAAGGUGCUCGAAAUGGCUGCUAAGAUGUAUCCUCCUAUUCUCGGCCCAGGGGGCAAAUUCAACGUCAUCCGAGAUAUCGUCGGCAGGCGACCUGCGAGGGUUUCUGGACUGAGGCUCGAGACAGAAUUUCUGAAAGGGCACUUCAGGGGCAAGAGGAUUAUUCAUGCUUAUGGAGCUGAAGGACAUGGCUAUGGGCUUUCCUGGGGAGUUGCACGAGAAGUUGUCCGUAUGGCUCUUGAGGCUGAAAGCUCGGUAGCUGUUAGGCCAUCUUUGUGA